AUGGUUUCCCCAGCGUCCCCCAUUCUGCUGCAAAAACCUCGGGAUCCACCAACCUUCCAUGGAUCAUCGUCUGAAGACUCAGAAACCGGGCUGGAGACGUAUUUGUCUUCUGGAGACCUGAUUCAAGACAUUGCACUCUUCUCCCGAGUGGGCAUAUCCACUGGACGCCUGGCUGUCAGAGCCACAUGCAAGGCACUGUGGCACAGGCCUCAGCCAAUAUACAUGCCCAAGCCAGACGCUGCUGCGUGGCUGCACACUGCUGAGGGGUUCUCUCGCACAUGGCAGUUCCUAAACUGCAUUGGUGCAGUUGAUGGAAAACACAUUCACAUCAAGCGGCCCAAGAACUCUGGCACCAUGUAUUUCAAUUAUAAGGGCACACACUCCAUCGUCCUCCUUGCCAUAGUCCAUAGUGACUACAAGCUUGUGGUCGUGGAUAUUGGCGCCUAUGGCAAGCACAGCGACGGAGGAGUCCUCCACCAGUCGCAGUUUGGGCAGCACUUGGAGCAAGGCCAGUUGCAGUUGCCGAGAAGCUUGGCCUUGCCAAACAGCAUCGAGCAAGCUGCGGGUGUGUUUGUCGGGGACGAGGCUUUCCAGCUCCGGCCAGACUUCCUGAGGCCAUACCCUGGACGAGAGCUCGAAGACAGGAAGCGGAUCUUCAACUACCGCCUGAGCAGAGCAAGGAGGUGCGCAGAGAACGCCUUCGGAAUCCUCGUGACACGCUGGAGGAUUCUUGAAAGGACAAUGGGGGAAGAUCCCAAGAAUGCCGAAGAGGUGGUCAUAGCCCUUUGUGUGCUGCACAAUUUCCUCAUGCACAGGCGCACAGAGGGCGAUGAUGCGUACUGUGGUCCUGCAUAUGCAGAUUCUGUCAAUGGAUUCUGGCACCAAUGGUCUGGCCACUGGC